UAGAUCUAGAUCUAUUCUAAAUACUGUUACGAAAUUAUUCAGAAAUAAAUAAACUAAAAGUUAUAAAAAAGGAACUAGACUCUUUAUAGAGCAGUAACGCAGUUAAUGCCAGAUACAACAUGGCGGGUGCCUCCCAAGGAUCUGGAGUGGUUGUUCCAAGAAAUUUCACUCUGUUGGAUGAGCUUGAAGCAGGCCAAAAAGGUGUUGGAGAUGGGACAAUCAGUUGGGGCCUAGUUGAUGAUUCAGACAUGACCAUGACAGACUGGCAGUGUGUCAUUAUUGGACCACCUAAGACAAGUUUUGAAAACAGAAUGUAUCAGUUGCGUGUGAAAUGUGGAGAGCAUUAUCCUCACAAGCCCCCAGAAGUUCGAUUCAUUACUCGUAUUAAUAUGUCUUGUGUCAACAAGGAAAAUGGAGUGGUGGAUCCCAGAAAGGUAGAAAGCUUAUGGUCUCACAAAAACUGUAGUAUAAAGACGUUGUUAUCACACAUACGAGAAAUCAUGAUGUUGAAAGAGAACCGUAUAGGACAACCAGCGGAGGGAACUACUUUCUAGGCAACACCUUAAUCAUUUGAACAGAGAUUUCAAGCUCUGGAGAUACUGGACACUUAUUGAAAUGGGAGAUAAUAUCAAGUUAUCUCAUUAUUGUUCCCUAGUAAAUAUUUUUACCAGUGCUUUUGAAUACAUAUUAUUUUGUUUGGUUUAAAUUAUAUUUUGUUUAGGCCUUCCAUUCUAUUAACAUUACAAUAUAUUGUAAUGUAUUUGUAAAAUAAUGCUAGUUAAUAAUUGGUCAACUCAUGGACACAAUGUAAUGUUUUUUUUUAAUCCUUUAUGUUUGAUGCAUUUUCCAACACAACAUCAAUUGUGUUUUUAGCCAGUGAAAUUUCUUGAGUAACAGCAUUUAUAUCUUUAAAAUGAUAAGUUUCAUGAAAUAUAUUAUUCACUUUAAUAGCUAUAAUCACACACAAAUGAAGUUAUCUUUUAAGAAUUUUAUACUUUGUCAGCUUCAGGUUAUUAGCUGACUUACUGGUAUUCUUUCCUAGUUGAUUUUGUUUAUAUAUUUAAUAUUUAUUGCUUUGAUAUUGUAAGAUUGGGUAUGCACGCCCGAUGAGUUUGGAUUUUAAAGUUUAAAAGAAAAAAGUAUUCUUUCAGUAAUCACAUAGAAUGUCUUGCAGCAUAAUUACAAUGCUGGGAUUUUGCACAGUUCUUUCAUUAGUUUGCAGCCAUAACAUAAAUAUAGUAGUCAAUAUAUUCACAAUGAUUUUUUGUGUGCAUUUUUUUUUGAGAUUCAGGUCAUUUGGCCUUAUAUGAAACUUUCAAAUUAUAAUUCAUUUUACUAUGAUAUUCCAAACAUUUUUAUACUUUAUAAAAUUUGUACAUCAAUCAAAUUGGCAGGUUUAAUUUUGUUACUGCCCCAAAAAUGUUAUUUUUAUAGGGAUUAUUAGGCUAUAGUACUGGUAUAAAUAGUUCUACAAAAGGGGGGGGGGGGGGGGGGUGAGAAAAUCCCAAUUUUCACUGCAUGUAUUUUUUUUAGGUAGGAUAAAAAAAUUGAUGUGGCUGCCACCUUAAGGUAUGAAUGUGAACAUAUGUGUGUGUGUUGUACCAUCCUGGCUUUCAGAUCAGUCUAGUUCCAUGAGCUGCUAACAUUACACUUAACACUGUCAUCAAGUAGAAUGUUUUCAAACUCUUAAUGCUUGAGCGUCUCCUUACAACAGAGUUCAACUUUCUAGUUUUUUUUCCUUUUCAUUAUUUUGUAAUUGAUGUUUAUCUUUGACAGUUUCUUUUUUUUUUUCUUCCUUGUUUACUUUGCUUGUUCUGAGUGGUUGGAAGAUAAUUGAUUUGAACGAAUAUAGAGUUCAUGUAAAAAAAAAAAAAUAACUAAGCUAAAUAAAAAAAAACUGUUUGCACGUUUUAUGUAUCAAUAAAUCAUUAAAUAUUGA